CUUGUGAUUUAUACACCAAGCGUCAAAACAAAGUACCAAGCAAAACAAAAUGAAAGUAACAGCUGUUCUAUUGUUGGCUCUCUUUGCUGUGGCCUCCGCUGACUACAAACUACGCACCCAAGAGGAUCUAAUGAAGGCCCGCAAGGAGUGCAUGGAAGCCAAAAAGGUCACCCCCGAAAUGAUUGAGAAAUACAAGAAAUUCGAAUUCCCCGAUGAUGAGAUCACCCGAUGCUACAUUCAAUGCGUUUUCGAGAAAUUCGAACUGUUCGAUGCCAAGGAUGGCUUCAAGAACGACAACUUGGUAGCCCAAUUGGGUCAGGGCAAGGACAACAAGGACGAAGUUAAGGCCGAUGUUGAAAAGUGUGCCGACAAAAAUGAACAGAAAUCCGAUUCCUGCUCAUGGGCCUUCCGUGGCUUCAAGUGCUUCAUUGCCAAGAAUUUACCCUUGGUCAUGGAUAGCUUGAAGAAGAACUAAG